AUGCGUCCCUCUAUCUGGGCCCCCUUUACCUUGGGCCUUGCCACUGUGACCCAUGCAGCGACCCCCUCAACGCUCGAGGAACUCUGCACUGUUUCUUAUGCUCAAAAGGCAUUGCCCCCCUCCGAGUUCAUUCAGGGCAUCACAAUUGAUUCGGACUCUGUCACGGCCAGCGUGGUGACCGAGAGCACCGUCAGCAGCGUCGACUACCCUACCGCGACCAUCAAUUACUGCAAUGUCACCCUGGCCUACUCGCACGAUGGCAUCGACGGCGACCGAGUACUCCUCCAAAUCUGGCUCCCAGCUCCUACCAACUUUCAGAACCGGUGGUUGUCUACCGGAGGCGGUGGCUAUGCCAUCAACUCCGGAACUCGCAUGCUGCCCGAGGGUAUCAUCUACGGCGCGGCCUCUGGACUAACGGACGGCGGCUUUGGGGGCUUCUCGGUCAACACGGAUAGCGCCAUGCUGCUGGCCAACGGCACACUGAACUACGAGGCGCUAUACAUGUUCGGUUACAAGGCUCACCGGGAACUCAGCUUGAUUGGAAAGGCCUUCACGCGCAACGUCUACGGCAUGGCCGACAGUGAGAAGCUCUACGCCUACUACCAUGGAUGCUCCGAGGGUGGCCGUGAGGGCUGGAGCCAAAUGCAGCGCUACGGGGACGAAUGGGACGGGGCCAUCAUUGGCGCUCCAGCGUUUCGCUGGUCGUUCCAACAGACUCAGCAUCUCUUUUCCAACAUCGUGGAAAAGACCCUCGACUACUACCCCCCGCCCUGCGAGCUGGAGAAGAUUGUGAAUGAGACGAUCAUCGCAUGCGAUCCCUUGGACGGCAAGACUGAUGGCGUGGUGGCCAGAACCGAUCUCUGCCUGCUGCACUUUGACCCGAAAGCUGUCAUAGGCAAGAAGUACUCCUGCGCUGCCUCUGCCUCCACUCAGUAUACUGCCGCCACACCGGCCCAGAGUGGCACCGUUUCGGCCAAGGGAGUGGAGGUCGCCAAGACCAUCAUCAACGGAUUGCACGACUCUCAGGGUCGUCGUGUGUACUUCUCUUACCAGCCCAGCGCCGCCUUUGACGAUGCUCAGACGCAGUACAACGCCGCUACAGGCAAGUGGGAGCUGUCUGUCAACCAACUCGGGGGCGAAUAUAUUGCACUGCUGGUGAACAAGAACGGCACCACCCUGGAGAGCCUGGAUGGGGUCACCUACGAUACCCUGAAAGACUGGAUGAUCUCGGGCAUGCAGGAGUUUUACAGCACCCUGCAGACCACCUGGCCUGAUCUGACACCCUUCCACCAAGCUGGCGGCAAAGUGAUCCACUACCAUGGCGACGCCGACUUCAGCAUCCCCACUGCCUCAUCGGUCCGCUACUGGGAGUCGGUCCGGAGCACCAUGUACGGGAAUCUGUCGUACAAAGCUGGCGCCAAUGCCCUGAACGAAUGGUACCGUUUGUAUACCGUGCCGGGUGCCGGCCACUGCUCUACCAAUGAUGCCAUGCCCAAUGGUCCGUGGCCCCAGACCAACCUCGCUGCCAUGAUUGAAUGGGUCGAAAAGGGGGUGACACCGGUGACUUUGAAUGCGACGGUGCUUCAGGGCGAGUACGAAGGCGAGAACCAGCAGCUGUGCGCGUGGCCCUUGCGCCCUCUCUGGAAGAACAAGGGAAAGACCAUGGACUGUGUCUAUGACCAGGCUUCCAUAGACAGCUGGCACUAUGACUUGGAUGCAGUUCCCAUGUCUGUAUAUUAG